ACCGGUUAUAAAGUCCACGCAGACCGCGGAAGUCAGAGUCUCCGCAGAUCCGAGAUGGGGGCGAUGGCGCCGCGCACGCUGCUCCUGCUGCUGGCGGCCGCCCUGGCCCCGACCCUGACCGGCGCGGGCUCGCACUCGCUGCUGUAUUUCGAGACCGCUGUGUCCCGGCCCGACCUCGGGGAGCCCCGGUUCAUCUCCGUCGGCUACGUGGACGACAAGCAGUUCGUGCGCUACGACAGCGACGCGGAGACUCCGAGGAUGGAGUCCCGGGCGCCGUGGAUCGAGAAGGAGGGGCCGGAGUAUUGGGAGGAGGAGACACGGGGCGCCAAGAACAACGAGCAGAUUUACCGAGUUGACCUGAGGACCCUGCUCCGCUACUACAACCAGAGCGAGGGCGGCUCUCACACCAUCCAGCGGAUGUCCGGCUGUGAGGUGGGAUCGGACGGCCGCCUCCUCCGCGGGUUUGAACAGCACGCCUACGACGGCCACGAUUACAUCGCCCUGAACGACGACCUGAAGACGUGGACGGCGGCGGACACGGCGGCGCAGAUCACCAAGCGCAAGUGGGAGCAGGCUGGUGAUGCAGAGAGAUACAAGGCCUACAUGGAGGGCGAGUGCGUGCAGUACCUGCGCAGAUACCUGGAGAACGGGAAGGCCGUGCUGCUGCGCACAGAUCCCCCAAAGGCACAUGUGACCCAUCAUCCUGGACCUAAAAGUGAUGUCACCCUGAGGUGCUGGGCCAUGGGUUUCUACCCUGCUGACAUCACCCUGAGCUGGCAAAGGGAGAAGGAGGAACAGACUCAGGACAUGGAGCUGGUGGAGACCAGACCUUCUGGGAAUGGAACCUUCCAAAAGUGGGCAUCUCUGGUGGUGCCUUCUGGGGAGGAGCACAAAUACACAUGCCAUGUGUACCAUGAGGGGCUGCCUGAGCCCCUCACCCUGAGAUGGGAGCCUUCUCAGUCCAUGGUCCUCAACAUGCCAGUCAUUGCUGGUCUGGUUCUCCUUGGAGUUGUGAUCAUUGGAGCUGUGAUCUUUGGAGCUGUGGUGAUUAAGAGGAGGAGAAACACAGGUGGAAAAGGAGGCAACUAUGCUCCAGCGUCAGACAGGGACAGUGACCAGAGCUCUGAUGUGUCUCUCCCAGACUGUAAAGUGUGAAGACAGCUGCCUGGUGUGGAUGGAGUGACAGACAGUGUGUUCAGGUCUCUCCUGUGACAUCCAGAGCCCCUCAGUUCACCCUCAGCAAUAGUGUCUGAUGGUCCCUGUGAUCCUAUGGGUUCAAUGUGAAGAACUGGGAGCCCAGCCCACCCCUGCACACUAGGACCCUGUCCCUGCACUGCCCUUUUCCCUUCCACAGCCAACCUUCCUGUUCCUGCAGACAGGAGGGGACAUCUCCAUCCUGUCUCCUCCAUGCUGCCCUGAGCUGCAACCCUGAUUUCUCCAAAUAAGAAAAUAAGAAUCUGAAUGUGAACUUUAUUGUUCAUGUCCUUGAUCUUAAAGGUUGACUGGUGGUAAAAUAAAGGAUUAAGAUAGAGUUUAUGGAGGAAAUAAAUGGCAACACGGAGAACCUCCCAGAAUCUGUGUUCACUAUGC